AUGAACAACAAACAUCGAGUGAAUAAUAAACGUAAAGGAAGACGUAAUCAAUCAAAUAGAACAUGGAUCAACAGACAGUCUCAUACGGAAAUUAUGAAUCACGUACCAUCGAGACAUCAACAGAUGAAUUUGCAAUUAGAUAGAAAUCAAAUUGAUUAUGAACCAUCGAUCCCACAAAUGCGACAUCACAAUUCUUAUCAACAUUUGAUGCCACAAAUGCCUGAUCCGCAAUAUUUAAAUAGAAUUACAAGGAGGAAUCCAUCAGCUUAUACAAGAACAAGUAUGGAUAGGAAUUAUAUACCAAACGUCUAUGACUAUUGGAGGCAACCAUCUACUUCACGAAUAGAUAAUUAUAUGCCUAAUAUACCUGAUCUGAAUGAGGAGGAAUGGUGGCAUCAACGAUCUACUUCACGUAUAGUUAAUUAUAUACCUAAUAUUCCAUAUAUAAAUGAAGUACCAUAUUGGAGAAGAAAACAACAAUCUACUUCUCAUUCAUCUAAUGAAGUAACAAAUGUAAUUAUUAAAAAUGAACCAUCGACUUCACAAUCACGGGAAAAUAAACGAUCACCUUUAGAAAUUGCUAAUGUAACGCCUAGAGAAAAAAAACAAGUGGAUUUGGGAUUUGGUGAAACAAUUGAUGUUCAGAUUAAUUCAAUACCAAGCAAAAACGAAGAAGGAUACUUUACAGGAGCACCUGUUCCAUCAAACGACACAAAAUUCCAACAUCCAAAUGAGGCUAAUGAAGUUCUAGGCCCCGUUAAUUAUCUACCUGUACAGAAUGUUUAUGAACAUAUGAAGAUGGACGAAGAUGACAAAUUCAUGUCUCCAAAAUUUGCUCAUGAUAUGCCUUCAACUUCGGAAAUAUUACGAGUGUUUAUGGCAGAACAACAGGACCCUGAUGAUUAUAUAAGAGAAAACAACAACACCAUGGAACGAGAAAAUGGCAAUAGUGGUGUUAUACAGAAUACAACUAGAACAAAUUAUAGUAAUAAUCAAAAUUAUAGACAAAAAUGCAAUACGAGAAAAAAUAACAGAUAUCAACCAUACAAUCUACAAAGAAAUAAAUUAAAUAACAGUAAUUAUAAUUUUAUAACUCAACAAAACAAUAGUGAUAGUAGCUACUCGAAUAAUCAGCAAAACAAUCACGAUAAGGAAAACGAUAAUAACAAUACUUCUAAUGAUCAUCAAUAA